AUGAACCUUCCUCCUAUAACGAAUUGGCAUUUUUACAUUGUGUACACUUUCUUCAGGUAUGCAGCCAUUUUGCAAGGUGUUUACAAGAGAGCAAUAUCUGGUCAAGGGACCAAUCCCAAAGCAGAAGCCAGUGGCAAAUAUUUGACAAUUCUGGCUGAAAUGGGUCUUCAAUUUAUGAAGCAAGAGAAAAGUUCUUCAAACCUUCUCAAGUCUCAGUCCCCUAUCUCAGGUACCAAUCAUCUGAAUAGACGGUCUUUCUCUACCUCAGCUGUGAAAUCAAGUGAAAAUUACAUUCCAUUUUCUGUGAAGAGUCUUUCACCCCGUGUGCAGGAAAUGCACCAACGUGUAAAAGAAUUGAUUUGUCAGUCCAUCAUGCCUCUUGAAGGAGACUUUAUAAAACACAUACAAUCAGACAAGCGGUGGUCUCCCUUUGAACCUUUAGAAGCUCUCAAGGAAAAAGCCAAAUCAGAGGGUCUGUGGAAUUUAUUCCUUCCUUUAGAAAGUGAUGCCGAGGUGAAAUAUGGUUCUGGACUAACUAAUGUUGAAUACGCCUUUAUAUGUGAAGAGAUGGGACGUUGUUUUUUUGCACCAGAGGUGUUCAACUGUAGUGCACCUGAUACUGGAAACAUGGAAGUUCUGGUGAAAUAUGGAAAUGAGGAACAGAAGAUGACUUGGCUGCAACCUUUACUUGAUGGUACCAUUCGCUCCUGUUUUGCCAUGACAGAGCCUGAGGUUGCUUGCUCUGAUGCGACCAAUAUUCAGUCCUCCAUUGUUAAAGAUGGCGAUCAUUAUGUGAUCAAUGGCCACAAAUGGUGGACAUCAGGAGCCUUAGAUACACGUUGUAAGCUUUGUAUCUUCAUGGGUAAAACAUCACUGACUGCAGCUCGCCACAAACAACAAAGCUUAAUUUUGGUUCCUAUGGAUACACCAGGUGUCUCUGUCAUCCGUCCACUCAAUGUUUAUGGCUAUGAUGAUGCACCAGUUGGCCAUGGGGAGUUGACAUUCAAAGAUGUGAGAGUCCCUGCAUCUAAUCUCCUGCUUUCUGAAGGGCAAGGGUUUGAAAUUGUCCAGGGUCGACUGGGGCCCGGUCGAAUUCAUCACUGCAUGCGUCUCAUCGGCAUGUCUGAGCGUGCUCUUGAGUUGAUGAUUCAGAGGGUGAAAAGUCGCACUGCAUUCCAGAAACUUCUUGCUGAGCAAGGAACAAUUCAGGCAGACAUUGCGAUGUCCAGGUUGGAAAUAGAACAGGCUCGACUUUUGGUACUGAAAGCUGCCCAUAUGAUGGAUACUGUUGGAAAUAAGGCAGCUGCAGCUGAAAUAGCCAUGAUUAAAGUUGUUGCCCCAAACAUGGCCUUACGUGUGAUCGACCGGGCUAUUCAGGCCUAUGGUGGAGCCGGUCUUCAUUCUGAUUUGCCACUGGCAAACAUGUUUGCCUGGGCACGGGUUCUGCGACUGGCUGAUGGCCCCGAUGAAGUGCAUCGGCAAUCAAUUGCAAAGGCAGAAUUUAGGAAAUACAAAUAG